AGCAGCCCUCGCGUACACCUUGCCGCCACUGCCCGUCCCUCCACGCUGUCCACGCCAUGGAAACACCCUAUCACUCCCACACGCCGCUCACCGCUGCCGCCCAGCCAACCUUCGAUUCUGUACAUGGGAGCCCGGUGACCACCGUCACCACAUACAAAGAAGACAUCCGAGAUUUUGAUAUAUACCAAAUAACGCGGACAGGCGAAGAGGGGCAGUAUCCGCGCCUGCCCGCACUGCCAACGCAGUCUGACUCCGACACUGACGACGGCUUGGCUGGCACGCACAAGACUCUCAGACGAAGGAAACGUAGGAACCCAGAUUCAAGAGUCACUGGAAGCAAAGGCUGCACAGGGAGGAGCAGCAGGCCGAACACAGCAUGAGUGUGGAGCCCAACGCCACUACGCUACUCUCAUCCGCACUCCACCAAGGGACCACCACCAUGCUUCCCGCCACACCCACGCACCCCUCCCUCCCUCUCCCCUGCGCGUCCCCAGCGACCCAGGGACACUGCAGGGUGAGCGACGGCAGGAGCGAAGGGGUUGUGAACGACGAAUGCGAUGACGACGACGACGACGAAACCUCCACCGUUGUUCCUGAAGACUUCGCAAACGACACGGAUUCAGACAUCGAGGUGCUGGUACAGUCCGAGUCGUGGGUGGACUUGUCGAAUCAACCCGGCAGUCCUGACCGGGUCACGCCGCUGCCCUUCGGUAACGGCGAGGAGUACCUGAGGCUGCUGCGGGAGGCCCAGAGGGAGAGCAACCAGUCCUCAGCGCGGGUCUCCCUUGCCUCUUCCCGCCGCGACACUCCCAGGGACUCCCCACAUGAUUCGCCAAAGUCACCACCAAAUAGCCCCAACACCGAGAUGGCCACCUUCCCUGAGGAGGCAGCUAUGCUUAGGGGGGUGUACAUCAACUACUACAACAAGGAGGGAGACUUCAUACGGGUAGAGAAGAACACAGAGACAGACUGGAUCUGGGAUAGUCGACCUGACCAGACUCCUCCCAAGGAAUGGCGGUUCAGUCAUCCUCGCAAGGGAGUGAGCCGCGGGGCAAGCAUCCGCCGCGUCAUGGUGGGCAACUCCUCCCUGUUCUCCCGGGAUGUCCUCUAUACUCUCCUCAUCACCAAUGUGCUCUCCCUCCUCAUUGGCACUGGAAUUGGAAUCUGGUUGGUGAAGCGGUCAGGUAGUGAAGGAAUCAUUACCUUACCCCUCAACUGAUUGUUUCCAGUGACCUCCCAUCAGCUCAUCCCUCUGGGUCUUGAAUAUGGAUCACUAGUAGCCCUUGCUUGUGAUUAGCUACAUUGUUUAGCCUCUCUCUUCAACACAAGAGGUUCAUAGUGUUACCUGAGAUUUACAAGGUCAUAUAUAUAUCUUUAUGUUACUUAUAAAAAUAAUGGAUUUUAUACAUUUCCCUUUCAGACUUUCUGUGGUCUGAAUGAUCUAUUGGCUAUUCAAAUUUUACACUUGACCUUUUCUCAUGAAAUGAAUUUUCUCUUAGGAAUAGAAGUUCUGUGUUAGAUAGAGAAUGAAAGAUAAUCCAGGAUGUGCAUCACAGUGACUUCAGACCUUCUCAUUAUGGUCACAUAAUGUGAUGCGGGUACGUAAUAUUUCUUCCCUUAACUCUUAAUAGAACAUGAUGAGCUGUUUGGUAAUUGGAAAACAAUAGAAAAACUGAGUUUAACCUGUCUAAAGGUUAUAAGAUGAGCUCAUCUUUUAGUAGAGCAGAUUUCCACCUUUCUCUCUCUCCCCCCUUCACUGUCUGACAGUCUUUCAGGGUCAACUUCCCCAGCACCAAAAUUGUACUCAUUAUUUUCUUGCAUUAUGCUGGAAGGCAAACAUACAAAAUCAAAUGUUAACAAAAUUUAUUGUUUGGGAAGAUGGGGUAGUUAUCUAGUCAGGAGAUGGAAUUGAGAAAGUGUGCUUAAUUUUCUGCACUUAUUCUGAUGAAUAUCUCACUUGAAAAAAAUGUGUUGAGUAAUGUGUUCAGCAGACUUUUGUUACUGUUGCCAUUCCUUCAUCCACUAAAACCAGUUUUAGUUUGUUCAAUGGAUAGCCUUCCUUUGUUUUAAAAUGUCUAGCAAUAGUUUGGUUUUACGUACUUCGUUGCUACAGGUAUCAUAGUGACUGAUCUUGGUGGAUGAUGUUCAUGAUGAAAUACAGUUUGAUCAAGUCUCCAGGACACAUCUCAGAUGUCUUUCAUAUAUUACGUUUGAAACACCUCAAUGACCUUUUUUCUUAAUAUGUAUUGAUUUUUGGAGGUUGAGGAACAAGAACCACUAAUGUUCCUAAUGUGGAUGAAGGUCAGUAAAUGAUUGAUCAUCUCAUACCAUGCUCCUGAGUUGGGGAGCAAAGUUAUGCAUAUGUUUGUUGCAUUAUAUCUUUCUUGGAAUGUAGUUGUAGACAAAGGAAAGGUAAGCCUGUAUCAAGCCAGCAAUUGCUCCUCUACAGUCAUGCACACAAGUCCAUGCAUGCGCAAACACACACACACACACACACACACACACACACACACACACACACACACACACACACUCAGAGCAUGGCUAAGUGUUUAAUGAAAGAGCCCAUGUGGUGGUUGGCCCUGCAAGCCACUCAUCGCUUUGUGACUUGUCACAUAGAUGGGGAAACCUUGAGACAAUAUUUUAUGUUACAUUUAUCACAUUUCUUACCAGGAAGCUAUACUAGCUUUCUUAAUAAACCCCUCAACUUUCUGUAUGUAAGAGGAAUCUAAAAUGUUAGGUAAGGUAGUGGACUGUCAGGAACAGAUAGCUGUGAGGCUAUCUGCAGCAGCAGAAGCCUCUGGCCUCUGUUGCCUUGACCGUGGAGUAGCCAGCUGAAUCUGUUUACAUGGAGACACCUAGUAGUGUCACUGUGGAUAGGAUAUAAGGGUUUAGGAAUUUGUAUUAAAUGGAACAAAUUUUUAUUACUGUAACUGAUUGUCUUUCUGAAGCCCUGGUUAGAUCCAGAUCCUUCUGGCUCGUGCUGUCAUUUUUUAAAGUGCUUUCUUUUUUAUUCUCUGUGAUAUAAACUAUUCUAAAAGUAAAAAAAAAAAAGUCUUUGCAUAUUUACACUGGAAGUUGGCCACAUGUAUUAUCUCAUGUCUGUCUGUAUGAGUGAGUUAUAUAUAUAAAUAUAUUAUUGGGGCCUCCUGUCUUCUCUAACACUGCUUGGUCUGCUCUCAUGGCACUUUAUUUUUUUUUUUUUAUUUUUUAUUUUUUUUUUUUUUUUAUUAUUUUUUUUUAUUUAUAAAAAAAUUGGAAUGUACUCAGUGCCUGUCCCAAAAAUCAACAAUUCAAAGGCAGAGUUGGACAAGACAGCAACCAGCUUUCUAGUUUUGUAUUGCCGUCAGAAAACUUCAAAAUACAUACAAAAAAUACCAA